UAUAUUUACUUCCACUCUUCUUCAUAAACCUUAUCUUCGCCAUAGCCAUUAGCCUUUCAGUUUCAUACCAUACCAGCAUCACUUCAUCAUCAUCAUCAAUGGCUUCCUCCGCUUGUUCUGUUCACUUCCUAUCACUCACCACCAACAAUCUUACCCUCUCCAGCUCCAGGACCGGCGCCGUUCCUCUACCUCUCACUUCUCCUUCACUCGCAGCAGCACCUCUCAAAUCCUUAUCCGUUUGUUCUUCAUUUCUUCGUCCAUACGAACCCAUUCCCUCUCGAAUCAUCCGAAAGGUCGCAAUCUCAUCUGAAUUAGAUGUAUCAGAUGAUUUCGAAGACCACCCCUCCCCCCCUCCCCCCACCUUCUCUCCUGACCUUAAACUCUUCGUCGGUAACCUACCUUUCAACGUCGACAGCGCUACUCUCGCUGGAUUGUUUGAAAAAGUCGGAAACGUUGAAGUUGUUGAGGUUAUAUAUGACAAGAUGACUGGAAGAAGCAGGGGAUUUGGCUUUGUAACAAUGUCUACACCUAAAGAGGUUGAAGCAGCAGCUGAGAAGUUUAAUGGCUUUGAACUCGAGGGAAGGCCGUUGAGAGUGAAUGCAGGUCCUCCACCUCCUAAAGGGGAAUCUCCUUUUAGAUCCCCGAGGAGCGGGGGAGGUGGAGGGAGUUUUGGUAGCAACAAUAGGCUCUAUGUUGGUAAUCUUGCAUGGGGUGUUGAUGAAUCUGCUCUUGAGACAUUGUUUAGCGAGCAAGGAAAGGUUUUGGAAGCUAAGGUUGUUUACGACAGAGAAACUGGCAGGUCAAGAGGUUUUGGAUUCGUUACUUAUAGCUCUGCAGAAGAGGUUAACAAUGCAAUUGAAUCGUUGAAUGGCGCUGACCUUAAUGGACGACCGAUUCAAGUAAACGUGGCUGAAUCAAAACCAAGGCGUCCAUUUUGAGCAACAGGGAAUUUCAGCUUGAGUAACAUAGAGAACACACUUAAAAGGGUUCUCGAGUUGGUUGGUAUUUACUAUAUUAUUAUUAUUUUGUUUUCGAAUAUGGAAUAUGAAUGAUAUCGGAGAAGAUGCUCCUUUUGGAUGAUGUGGUUGCAGAAAUUCUCAACUGAUUUUGAUCCAGACUCUUUCAUCCAAUGUCUCUUGGGCAGUAUAUUUGAUUUGAGUAGUAGUGUAUCCUAGUUGAACUAGGUUGGUUUACAGACAAAAGAAAUACUUGUCCCUUUAGUCCUUCAAACUCUUGUUUUAAUAGUGUUCUUAAUUGAAUUCAAGUUUUAUUCA